AUGGCGAACAAGAAAGAGAAAAAGCAGGCGAAAGAUGACAGAGUCCAACGCCGAAGAGAGAAACGUGCCAAGCGGCGCGAAUCGUCGUCAUCUGAUGAUGAUUCUACACGCUCGUCUACGGUCAAUGGUACGAUCACCGAUGUGACUCAGUGGAACACAGAGAUAGACCAUUCUCUGAAAGGUAGUAUCAACAAGAUAAUCUCACUUCAUGAUACUUUCCAGAAUCUGUCGGAUGUUGUGGGGAUUUUGUCUUUCAUCAAGCCCAAUGCUGCCAAUGCUGCUGAAGUAUUCAGACCGGAAAUCGAGCUCAAAGCUGAAAAUGAAAGACUGCAACAUACAUUGACUCAGAUACAAAAGGCUGUGGAAGCACAGAAGCUACAGGAACUGGAAAAAAGAUGCCAAGAACUGGAGGAUGAACGGGUGCAGCUUGGCCAACGUCAGCAGGAGCUGGAGCAAGAACGACAAGAACUCAACGCAGACAGACGUGCCAUUAGCAUUGAAAGGCAAGAGAUGAAGAAAGAUUUGGAGAUAAAGAAACAAGAAUUCCAAUCUGAAUUUACACAUCAAUUAGAGAAGGAGAAAAAGGCCCAUCAGAAAGCUCUUAGGUCGAGCCAAGAUUCCGAAAACAAACUCAAAGGACAAAAUGAAAAGCUCAAAGCCGAGAGAAAUGAAGUAGAGACGCGAGCAAAAGAUCUCGGAGAAGGCAAUGAGACGCUGAUGGCAACAAAUAGAGCGCUUCGGUCGGAGCUGGACAAAGAGAAAUCAAGGUUCCCGAUUCAGAGUAAAGGAAUCAAUUACUACCGGGAACAAUUCAAAAAAUUGAACCAGAAGAUUGAGAAGCUUGUCUAUGACUUCAUCACAGGUCCCAUGAAUGACGAACAGAUACGAGCGGUCGAAGCAGAUGGUCUUGAAGAACAAGAGUUUUUCAAAUUCGUCCCGACGAGAGACUCCGAUGUAGCCCGAUACCUGUGGAGACGGGGAGCGCAGGCCUGUAUUACUAUGCAGCUAUGCGAUCGUCUUUGGAAAUCCUAUCCUUGUGACUCCGUCCAGGACGUCGCGGAUCCAAACGGCUUGAGAAUUGUCUUCGAUACAUUUUCUCAAAAAUACGCCACAGUCAAUCCCGAGAAGGAAGCCAUCUGGCGGAUCAUGACUCGUGAGAUCUUGAUUAGUUUCUCUACACAGCGGACCUCGGCACAGAAUCUUCACAAAGAUAUCGUGUGCAAACAAGAACGAGAAACAUUCUGUACUCAAUUACAAGAAGUCCGUCAAGUUCGAAACAUGGCUGUCCAUCGAGUUACACCACAGAGCAGCACGAUCCGAAAAUAUGGGAAGAUUGUUCAGGCAAUUGUCGGAUUUCUCCCAAGGAUUGGAGGUCAGGAGUUUUUACAGACAUACAACGAGCGUAUCCGUCAAUUCAUUGAGACUUUUUGGGAUAUCGAGAAGAACGAAUCAGGGGAUGUCAAUGCCUCGCUAAUUCCAGAGACCAUUAUAAUCCGGGGUAUAGAAAGCUCACCGAGAAACGAACAGAAAGAGUAUAAUAUGAAACGCUCUGUCGAAGAGCAAAAGCUUGCAGCGAAGACCAAAGCCAAUAACGUCUCACAAAUGGCCCGAGACUUUCAGGAAUCGCGGAGAGUGAAGCUCAUGCACGUCGAGCAAAAUCAGCGAGAGAAAGUCGAUUCCGAGUUACGGAAAAAGGAAAAGUCCGAGAGAUUGAUCAAACAAUUGGCUGAUGCACAACUCAGAAAAGAUGAAAGGGCAGAGAGGAACAGGAAACAGCAGGAUGAAGCACAAAUCAGAAGGGCUGAAAGAGCCGCUAGGAACAGGCAACAAAUGGAAAAAGCACAACUCAAAAAGGCGGGCCAAUAA